GCAGGUGGCGCGUUCUGGCGAAGCAUUUGGUAUACGCCAUGGAAGCACGUCGCAAAUGGCACGCCGAAGCUCAGGCCAUGGCAUGAUUCCCUCGAUCAGCGCUGUGUCGUAUAUUGCCCACGCGGUGAUCGUUUGAUGCUUGCAAUUAGAUCAGGAUCAGGUGUAUUAUAGAGAGAUGUAAAUUUGGCCAAACUAGAUAGGUGCCAUUCUAUGGUGGAUCGUCCUUGAGCGGAACGCUCGCCUGCAUUAGAGAGCGCAGACGGAGAUCUCUAGUCAUCAAAGCAGAGGGAAGGGACAGGAUAAGGAGCGGAACAACGUGUAGUAGUAGUAGUAGUAGGAGGAGGAGGAGGAGCAGGAGAGGUAGGAGGUGGUGGAGGAGAGGAGGACAACGACGACGACAACGAAGAAGAAGGAGAAGGAGAAAUUCAAUGUGUUGUGAGAAGGAAUUGGUAUCCACGUAUUUCAUGUUGAUUGAUGUGUAGGAGCUCUAGAAUUAUUUCAUGUUCAUUGAUGUGUAGAAUCCUUAAGAACAACAUACGAUCGCAGAUCGUCCUUGUUUCCCUGGCCAAAGAAGAAGAAGAAGAAGAAGAAGAAGAAGAAGAAGAAGAAGAAGACGAAGACGGAGGUCUUCCAAGAGGAGGAGAAGUAGAGGAGAAGGAGGAGGAGAAGUAGAGGAGGAAGAGGAGGAGGGAAGAAAGGGUCAGAUAGGCUGUCGAUCAAUUGCUGCGGCAGCAGCAGGAUGCAGAGGGCGCAAAGAAUGGCGCGCGGGGUGGCAAUGUCUACGCGCCGAGUUGCCGCGUCCGGGUUCCAAUUAGCUUGCCUCGCUGGACGAGAGUACGGGUCGUUGAGACGCCACCACGCAGUCGCGCCACGUGUCGGAUCCUGGCCUCGUUCUCUUUCGAGCGACAAGGAUCCGCACGUCUGUAGCCCAGGCAGACAGGAGGGCAGGCUCCCGUUCAUCGCGGGCUGCGCUUCCAGGGGUUCCAACUCCUUAAUACAAGUAGUAAUACUACCCACGGCUUCGCAAGGAAUUCUCCUGGCGAAGCCGGAGAUCAUGCCACGUGGCGAAUGCCUCCUUAACUCUGGUUUGCGUGCAUUGUCUCUGCGAAGGCAGUGCCACGUCAUCGGCACAUCAAACGGGAGCGGGGAAGAUCACAAACGAUGGUAUACAAAUCACCGGUCAGCGGAAUGCAGUCCUGCACUAGGAGGCCAUGGGUCUGACGAGUUGAAAAGGGCUGUUGCUGAAGGAGGAGGAGGAGGAGGGGGAGGAGGAGGAGGAGGAGGAGGAGGAGAAGCAGUAGAGUCUAGUGGAAAGCAAACUUGGGGAACAUUACAAGAAGACGGGCUACCGUACCUAGGGCCGCCUGGGUCUGGGGACAAGGCUCGGAUAGUGGUGCUGGGAUCGGGGUGGGCGGCCGGUCGGAUUCUGCGAGACAUCAACACGGAGAUGUACGAUGUGGUGUGCAUCUCUCCUCGCAAUCACAUGGUGUUCACGCCGCUGUUGGCUUCCACGUGUGUCGGGACGCUUGAAUUCCGGUCAGUGGCAGAGCCAGUCCGAAACAUACAACGGAGCCUGGCCCAGGCGCCUAACAGUUAUUUCUUCCUGGCCAAUGCUCUCGCUCUACACCCAGAUAAACACCAGGUUGAAUGUCAAGCUCUUGACGAGGGGGAUGCAGGACGCAAGUUCCGAGUGUUUUACGACAAGUUGGUGAUUGCAACAGGUGCUGUGGCAAUGACGUUUAAUAUAAAAGGGGUGAAAGAGAAUGCAAUUUUCUUGAGGGAGGUUGGAGAUGCAAUGGCGAUUCGAAGAAAGCUUCUACUCAAUCUAAUGCUGAGCGACCUCCCAGGCACAAGUGUGGAAGAGAAAAGGCGCCUCUUGCAUUGUGUGGUGGUUGGAGGUGGUCCCACAGGAGUGGAAUUUUCUGGAGAGCUUAGCGACUUCAUCAUGAGGGACGUAAAGAAUCGCUUUCCUCAUGUCAAAGACUACAUCAAAGUCACACUGAUUGAGUCAGGGGUUGAACUCGUCAAAGGAGUUGUGAAGGAGGUCAAACCAGCCCGUAUCAUUUUGACCGACGACCAGGAGGUGCCCUAUGGCCUGCUGGUUUGGUCCACAGGUGUUGGCCCCAGUCCUUUCGUCAAUUCACUUGGGUUACCAAAGUCCCCAGGCGGAAGAAUUGGAGUGGAUGAGUGGCUGAAGGUGGUUGGCAUGCAAGACAUUUGGGCUGCUGGUGAUUGUUGUGGCUAUGUUGAGGAAACGGGCAAACAAGUCCUUCCAGCACUAGCUCAGGUGGCAGAGCGUCAAGGAAUGUACCUGGCAAACUCAUUCAAUGAGAUAGGCAAGCAUGGCGGUGCAAGGGCAGCGAGCUCAGCUGUAGAUGAGAAAGGCGAGGCCCUCACUCUUCCUGAGUUCACUUACCGACAUUUGGGGAGCAUGGCAACAGUGGGCCGCCACAAAGCUCUUGUUGACCUGCGUCAAGCUCCGGCCCCAAACCUUGACUUGUGCUCCAAGGACUGUGUCGGAAAACCUGGCUCAGCGUUGGCUGGCCAGGUCAUUCCCACCAGGAAAUGCUAGAGGAGUAGCUGUUCUGACUCCUGAGUGGUAGACACAGAGGUAAAUCCGAGGGAGCGGGGGGUGGAUCAGAUAAAUUUUGACGAAAGAAAGGGUAUACCCCCCCUUAAAAAAAAAAAAAAAAAGGUACAUAGAUGAAUGGUGGGGGGUUCCAUGCGAUGAGACCGCGAGAAGGGGUGGAUCAGAUAAAUUUUGACGAAAGAAAGGGUAGGGUCUCACGAGUCGCGAGGAGUAAGACCCCCCCUAAAAAAAAAAAAAAAAAGUUACAUAGAUGUAUUGUGGGGGUUUCCAACUUUCCAUGCAAUGAGACCGCCUUUCUGGUCUUAGCUCUUUCACCCACUCCUAGACGAGUCAAAUCGUCGCUGAUUCCCACAAAGGGCCCAUAGGCAUGUGGAUGCUGCUCGGCCCAAGUUGUGGGGACAUAAACCACCAGUACAUGGCCCCAGGCAACUGAAGAACCUGUUUUGAGUCUCUCCGAAAAUGUAGGAGGCCGAGCGCCAUAGAUAAAAUGCAUCGGCGGUGGGCGGCCUCCGAAAGGGGCCCGCAGCCGACAGCUCGCCCGUACUGGUGCUUUAACCCUAGUCAGAAAAAUAGAUUCGCCAUUUUUCCACACAUUACACAGUAAACCUAAGCUAUGUCGUUAGCCGGCUAUCUCGGUACAAUCGUUCACAUGUGUGUGACAUCAACAACUUCAAGGUGAAUUUUUUGAGUUGUUCCUUAACCGUUGCGCUACAUAUCUAGCGAGUGGGGUUGGUACUUGGAACUUAGUCAGAUCUUUGGAGCCAGAUUAUGAUAGCUCGGACUGCGUAAGGAAUUCGGUUGCUGUUCAGAUCAUGAUCCAGAGUCCAGACUUUGAUAUUUUUCUGUCAAGUCAGACCAUGAUAGUUUGGGCUACAUAAGGAAUGUGGCCACAGUUCAGAUCAUGAUUGAGUGCAACUUUUAGGCGGGGCACAAAGACGGGUGAACAAAGUAGAGCGGCAAUU